CUGCAACGAACUCAUUCAUCUCGUGGGGACCCAAUGGCAAGAGUUUCAUAGUGCUGGAUCCUCAAAGAUGUGCCUGUUAUUGUUUUCCCUACAAUUUACUUGAAGAAUGUGGUUUUACAAAAACAGUGUCUGGAUCACAAAUGGAAUUUGCAAGUGAAAUUUUUUGUGGCAGGCAAACCAAAGCUUAUAAAGAAGACAAGCGAAAAGCAUAAGCCAGCGAUGAUUGCAUAUAGUAAGAAAUUUAGAGAGCGUAUGGACGCUUUUAUACCAAAUCCUGCCAUGGAAAAGAGACGACGUUGUCCACCAAACUUAAAACUUUGGAGAGGCAACGUUGCCCCCAUACAUGGCCUCUCCAAAGUCGUCCGUCAUUCAUUGUUGUUGUCACAGUCGCUGGGAAAUCUUUUAAAAUAUCAGUAGUGUUAUUUAUUUGAUCUUGACGUGCAUAAACUCUUUGAAAGAAAUCCUCCUCAUGUAAUCCGUAUUACCAUGCUCAUCACUGAUAAGCAAAUCUUGUUUCUUGAAUAUCUUGUUUUUGUGCACGAUUGACAAAAUCUAAAGCCAAUAAAUAAUAUCUAUUAAAACUAAUGAAAUGGUCCAUUAUCUGGGUUAGGGUUUUGCUUUAGGUUUCAAGCACAUAUAAAACUGUUUGAGCUAUUGUCUGAAACAUUCCAACCACACAAACCCAAAAGAUGUCAAGGUAUAUAUUGCUCUUUCACCAUUUUGCUAUUGUUUUGUAGAUAAUCUUUACCAGAUCUAUGAAUAUGGAUCAGUUUAAAGAUUAUCUUGUACAUUUUCGGGUGGAAAACUUUGAAUCAUGAUGUGUAUUUUAACUUAUUGUAGAUCGAAAGUCAUCUUUGUUCGGUCUUAGAGGAACUACAGUAUUUGAUAAUUUUGUGCCUUUGGUUUCGAAUCAUGCUUAUUUCAUCUUUAUUUUUGCUUCUCUUUUGUUUAAUAUGUAUUUCUUGAUGUAGAUUUGAGAUAGAGUUCACAAGAGAGGAAGCUUUUGAUCGCGUUUAAAAGUGUUUUUAUUUUGCAUUUAUUGUCUUUUGAAUUUUUAAGAUUUUAAUAAUUUUUAUUAUUCGGUAUUAUUCGGUUUAAUUCGAUAUUUUAUAGUAAGUAUCACGCCUUUCUGAAAAAGGAGGCGAGGAGUAUUACACGGAUAUUCAACCUAUAUAUUUUGAAUACAAAAAAAACAUGAAAAUAUACCAUAUCACACGAAUAAAUACAUAAAUGUACAUGAAGAUCACAAACUCGUCUUAUAUUUACUAUUAAUUCAUACUUAGAGUUUUCAAUAUUUUUUCAAUAAUGUCUGUGUUGAGGUGUUUCAAAUAUUAAACAUACAAUGACAGCUUGAAUUUUUUCUUUGUGAUUUCUUAAAUUCAUGAUCUAAAAUUCCGUUCAUCCUUUUCAAGAUCAGUCUUUUUCGAAACUGUUUAUUAUAGGCCACACUAAGGAGAUUGUUUAUUGUAUAUCUAGUAAUAUUUACCAAGUAAUAUAUUAAAAUUACGAUUAUAAAAAACAUUGCUAUAUUUUUUUUUAAUUUCACGUGAUUACCUUUUACUUUUCCGGAUAAAUUAUGAAAUCUUUUCACAUACAAUUUAGUUUAACAAAACGAAAAGUAUAACAAUAUAUAUAAAGUAAUAAUAAAAUACAAAUGAUAAAAAAUUGUUGGCCUCGGCCUUAUUGGUUUAGCCUUAAAAGAAUCCAAUAAGCACUAAACAAAAGUCCAACUGGCAUGCUUUAAAGAUACAUAGCAAGCUACAAGAAGACACCUCAACACGGCAUUAUUGAAAAAACAGAAACCGGUUGAUGUUUCAUGUUUGAAAUACUGAUGAAGUUGGAAUAUUUGGAUUACAAUGUCUUCUGGUGAAAUUUUAGAUCACGAAUUAAAAAAAUUACAACAAAAAAAUUCAAGCUGUCAUUGUAUGUUUAAUAUUUGAAACACCUUAACACAGACAUUAUUGAAAAACUAUUGAAUAGUCUAAGUAAAUAUUGAGCAAUUUUUAUCAGAUAAGUAUGAAUAAAAACAUCAUAUAGAUUACAAUACAAAUGUCUUUAUAAAACUCCAAUCGUUAUUUAAAUUCCAAAAGAUAUAAAAACAAUUGUUUUUAAAAAAAUAUAUAAAAUUUGUGCACAGUGCAAACAAAAGAUUUUCUUUUAAUAGUGUAUAUGGUUUUUUCUAGAAUCAAAGUAUUCUUAAACCUUAAUCUUAAUUUUUAAUUUCUUUCCCCUUUUAUUUGUAUAUCUGAAAAUGGCUUUCAAUGCUGUCAAAGCUGAGGCAAUGGGUGCAUUAAUUGAUUUUAUCUGAUGAAAUGAUUCCAGCUCUUCUUCAAGAUUUUAAAAUGUUUAUGAAAAUAUAGUUUUUUAAAAUAUAGUUAAAUACCAAUAAAAAUAUAUCCAAAUUUUUAUAUACAUUAAUUUUAUCAAAGAGAUAAAACUAUAAUAUAAGUGAUUGUAAACAUUUUUAUUAUUUAUAUAUGUUCACUGAAAUAUAUAAAUACAAUGUAGAUGUAAAGUUAUAAGUGAGAAAUUAAUAUAACAAAGGUAAGAGAUACAAUAUCAACCAAAAACUUAUUUGAUAAAAAUAUGGGCAAAACAAAAAACAUUAGCAAACAAUCGUCAAAUUAUAAUGAAAUUACCAUAAUAAAUGAAUUGUAAAAUAUACACAUCAUGAAACAAGAAUGAUGUAAUGUAAAACAAUUUAAACCAAAUAAAUAUAAAUAAUAAUUAUUAAUUAGUUGAUUACUUCCAGAGGUAAAAUAUAUUUGAUUAAGUAUUUAAGUCAAGUAAAAAAUAAAUGUUGGGAUCCAUACAUUUCUCAUAUGAAAAAAGGAUUACCGGUAUUAUCGGGUAGUUUACCGGUAACCAAGAAUCUUCGUUACCGAAGAAUAAGAUGUGAUAUUCAGUGUCAAGUAUGUGGGAAUGAGGAAGAAUCCAUUAAUCAUGUGUUGUUUGAGUGCCCGUUGGCAUUACAAACUUGGGCUUUAUCUAAUAUUCCUUCAUGUCCGGGGGUUUUUUCCACCCAGUCUCUUUUCAUAAAUAUGGACUAUCUUUUCUGGCGGUUACCCAAAGAACCAGAUUUGAGUUAUUUCCCGUGGAUACUAUGGUAUAUUUGGAAGAACCGAAAUGCUAAGGUUUUUAAUAAUCAGACAAGAACUCCUCUUGACAUUCUUAGGACUUCAGAGAUAGAAGGUGUUCUGUGGGCUGAAGCUCAGAAAGAUGCGACUAUAAAGCGUGGAACUAUAGAUAUUAUAGAAAAAGCUCUGCCACUUGACAUCAACAGGUGUUAUAUUGAUGGAGCAGGAACAUGAUCUUUACACGGGACAAGGGUGGGUUUAUAGGAAAAAUGAAUCCACUGAUACUAUGAUGGGUGCAAUGUCUAUUCGCAGGAGUCUAUCACUUUUACAUGCUGAAUGUGAAGCUUUGAUAUGGGCGAUGGAGUGCAUGAAAACCCUACAAGUUAUAGAGGUGGUGUUUGCAACUGACUGCUCUCCAUUGGAGACGAUGGUGUCUACACCAACAGAAUGGUCGGCGUUCACUACACAUAUGGAGGAGUUUCUGCGAUGAAAGGAUUUUUUCCUCAACUUCUCUAUCCAACAUAUUUCAAGAGCACAAAAUACUCUGGCGGACAAGUUAGCACGAGGUGUUAGGAUUUCGCCAUCUGCCAUAAUUUAUGUUGAUUCAGUCCUCCCGAGGUGGCUCUCGGAUCAGGGAUCCUAUUAGUUUCUUAGCCUUUUGUUGUAAAAAAAAAAGGACAUGGGCAGUAGUUUUUCUUUUCGGACAUUGAACACGGUAGUGCAUGUAUAGUAUAGUGCUUCAAGUUACGGCCGAAGCACAUGCAUUGUUGAUUUCGAAAACUCAAAUUUUGAAGCUUUUGCAUAUGAUUAUCUUAAAAUAUCCCAUAAAUUUAAGAAUUAUUCACAUCUAAUUCCACUAAGACAUCAAAUUAUAUUAACCCACUAACCGCAAUGCGCUUCAUGCUACAAACACGGAAUAUUACAGAAAUCAAAAUAUCAGUUUCCAAGAAAAAACGGCAGACUAAUAACACCGGGUGCAACACAAGUAACCACUACACGACCACUUCGAGCAUGGACCAUUCUAUAGUAUUUUCUAAGAAUCACCAAAACUUUUUCUUCAAAUCUAGCUAACGACCGAGGGCUUUAACCAUUGUUUAAUAUCCGAACAUGCAAAAGCCUGAAGACGUAUGCAAAGUAGUAUAUAACAAUUACAACUACACGUGUCAGUGAUUCGACUAACUACAAAUCUAUCUUCAAAGUCUCCAUAACUUAGCAAAAUAAUAUUUUUAUUUACGGGAUGGAGAGUUCGUGCACAAGAGAGCAUGGUGAAUGCGAGGUUCCAUUCAUUAUUCAAUUAGAUUUAUAAAAAAAAAUGUUGAGAAUGAAGAUAGAACUUGCUUAUAGACUGAGUGUAGAGGCAAUCUUCGAUCAUCAGUCUCCAGUUUUGUCUUUAAUGAAUCAGGGAAUCGCGAUAUUGUUGGCAUCUACUCAGUAAUGGCAUUAAUUAUAUUCAUUAAUGUUAGUACAAUGUUAAUGCGGUUCAUUAAUGGCCUUCAGUUGGCUUCAUUUGACAGCUUGGUUUAAGGGAUAACAUGUUUUCAAAUUCAUCCGUUUUCAACGUCGUUUAACAAAAUCGACUCAAAUCAAAAAUAUUAAAAGUUUCUACAUCAAAAUAAUUUGAACAAGUUGUUUUCAUUGGCUUUGUUGCAUGUUUUAAUUAUGGCACAAAAGAAGGCCAUUUUCGCCAUUGAUUGUCCCUGCUUGUGGGUUUUCCAGCUAAAACAAACAUACUCUCCCUCCGUUUCACAAAUAGACUUUAUAUAGUUUUCACGUAUAUUAAAAAACACAUUAAGUUACUAUAAUAAAUCUAUUGUUUUCAGCAAUUUUUAGUUUUUAAUAUCUUUUAACCAAUAAUAAUUUAAUAAAAUCAAUUAAUCUUUUUAAAAUUUAAUUCUUUUUCAUAGAAAAGACAAAAUAUUUAUUUUUGUGAAAUCUAUCUUUGCUAAAGAGAUAGAAGUAUUAGCGUUAUCACUAUGUAGUACCACUCAAAACAUAUUCAAAAUUUUGACUCAGAUUCUUAGGAAUACGUUUGUCAAAUAAAAUUACUUAUAGGAAUAGCCGGAAAAAAUACUUUUGAUUCGCUGUAACAAUUUUAUUGUCCACAAUUUGGAAAAAAUCUCGAUCUCUAAUACGAUAGAUAUUUAAACUAUAAAUACACUUUCACAAAUAAGACCAACAUUUCUUGCUUGUGAACUAAGACUGUCCACGAGAAUGACUUAAGUAGUACUCACGAGUUGCGACCAUGUAGCUUCUGCUACAAGACAUACAUUAACUUGGGGAAACUCGAAACUCACACGUUAUGGUAAUUUUUAAUGUUAUCUUAAACUUGUUUAUGAGAAAUAAUUGCUCAAGCGGUUGCCUUCUCUAGUCUUUACUUGUCCAUCAAAAUUCGAGCUUAUAACCUCUUUAGUUUAAAGCUAUACACCAUGACCAACGUACAUCAAAGAAAUAGUAUAUGAUAUAUUUCUAAUGGUGAUAAAGCUUUCAACGUUUUGCUACUUUGAAGGGUUGCCCUUCUUUUUAGAAUGGAUAUUUGUCCUUGGUUUUAGUUUAACCAAGCCUCUUUCAUUUGGAUUCUUUGUUAUGACCUGUAAAUUGGACAUGUUCAUAUAUUAUGCAUAUAUUUUUAUUAGAUUUGAGUAAUUCUUUACUAGCUAGUACGUCUAAAAUUUUUUUGAAUGAAUAGCUAGUACGUGUAAAUUUCAAUCACGCACACUAGUAUUACAUACGCAUAACCAAUUACUUUGUACAAAUUACUAUAUAAUAACCAAUUACAAUAAGAUGAGGUUUAUAUAUUGCAUAUAUGUAUCUAAAUAGAAGGAUAAAAAUAUAUCUUGUCUUGCUAAUUUCAUCAUGGGCCUGAGGCCAUAAACACUGUCUGUUCCUGAGUUUUUAUUUAUUUAAAAGUAUCCAGUUUGCCCAAAAAAAAAAAUAUAUGUGGAUUGGUCAGUAGUACUUGGCUCCAUGGAGGACAGUGGCCAAGAACACUGCACUAAACCUCGGGGUUUGUCUUUGUCAAUCCAAAGAUUCCUCAUGUCGUCUCUCUUCCCACUUUGGAUCUUUCAUAACGUAAUCGUCCUUAGUUUCUCUCACGCACCCUCAGGACGCUCUACCAAACUGAUACUAAACUACAAGGACCAUAAUAACAUGUGGAAUAACUCCUAAAAUCACGUUUUUAGUGCAUGGACUGACUAUAUAUAAUUGCAUUUAGCUGUUACGAAAUUCAAUAAUUGAAAAAUAUUGCAAUAAUGUAGAGGUUCCAGUGGAUUGAAAAACGAAAAUACGAAGAUUAAGCUAUUGGCGGGAGCUAGUGUGGAAAAAUAAAUGGUAAAACCUUUCUUAAAAAAAAACUUGAAAAUAAAUAAAUGGCACCAAGUCCCAGGUUGUCUGCAACGUCAGUCCUCACUGUAAAUUAAUGAGAAGAUCUUAAUAAAUAAUUUGUUACCAUUUUCCUUAAAAUAAUUUUGAUAAUAGAGGAAGUAAAAUCUAUACGAACAGAAACAAAUAUAUUUUAAAAAUAUUUUUUUUUACAUAUAUUAUGGCUAAAGAUCCUAUAAAAGAGGACUAAAAGAGAGUGAAUUCUGAAUCUUUCACUUUAAACUUGCCUACUUUUUCUGCAUUCUCUCUCUCUCUCCCUCUCUCUCUCUCUCUCUCUCUAAUUAACUAGAAUCCUUCAAACUUUUCACAAAAUCAAAAUCAGAAUCUCAGUUUUUCCUCCAAACAGAAUCUUGAAAAGCAAGAAAAUAUAAGUUAGGUGAGAGCCGAGUGAUGAUGAUGGAUGAAUAUAUGGACUUCAGACCAGUCAAGUACACAGAGCACAAGAAAGUGAUCAAGAAGUACACUAAAAAGUUGCCAGUGGAGGAGAACAAGAGGAAGAACAGUACUGGUCGUGACUCGGCCAGGUUGGUUCGGGUGUGCGUGAUGGAUGGUGACGCCACUGAUUCAUCAAGCGACGAUGAGGAGGAGUUUAUGUUCCCUAGGAGACGUGUCAAAAGAUUGAUUAACGAGAUCAGAGUUGAACCGAGCUCCUCCUCCUCCGGCGAAGUCUCGGCUCUGGCCGCCGUUGACUCUCCUCCCCAAAUGGUCUCUGUUUCCGGCGCCGACCAAAACCAGAAGAAGUUCCGCGGCGUGAGACGUCGACCGUGGGGAAAAUACGCGGCGGAGAUUCGUGAUCCAGUGCAACGCCGGAGGAUCUGGCUUGGUACUUUCUCAACGGCGGAGGAAGCUGCUGUCGUCUACGACAACGCAGCAAUCAGGCUUCGUGGCCCUGAUGCUCUUACCAACUUCACCGUACCACCAAAACCGGAACCAGAACCGGACCGGGAGAGCAACGUAUCUGUUUAUUCAACAUCAGAAUCAGUGGAAGACUCUCAUCAUCAUCUAUCUUCUCCAACAUCAGUUCUGAACUACCAUAUACCCGAGCCGGUUGAUGAACCGGUCAAACCGGUUAAGCAAGAGUUUAUUGAACCGGAACCCAUAAGCUGUCACCUAGACGAAGUUUAUAAUUCAUUUCCAUUGGACAUUACAUUUCCGGACAACUAUUUCACUGAAACAUUGGAGGACAUUUCCAUCUUCGAUCAGUCCAUGUCUCCUAUUCAAUCAUCGGAGAGUAAUUUCUUCGACGAUCUUAUGCUAUUCGAUAACAGCAACAUAGGUGGAGAGAGCUACUCUUCUAAAAUGAAAGAGAUUGGUUCCAUAUUCAAUGAUCUUGAUGAUUCUUUGAUAUCGGAACUUUUAGUUGUGUGAUAUUUGUACCAAGGAGAAAAAAAAACAUUGGUUGCGAAUAUUGCUGGUGUAAGUCCAGUGCCGUGCCAAGGCAUAUUGAGGCCUAAGGCAAAUUUAAAAAUAAAUGUUUCAUUUAAAAUUUGGAAAUAAAGGUUUCCAUUUCAACUUUGGAAAUUGUAAUACAUAUUUUUAAAUAUAAAAUUACUGAAAACAAAAGAAUUUUUUUGUAAUUUUUUUUAAUACAAAACAUUAUUUAAACAAAACAGUAAAAAGGACUAAGACAUAAUAUGUUUUCUUAUAUUCAAAAAAUUAUUUUGCCAAAUUUCCAUAAUCAACAUUUAUAAGAAAAUAAUUUCGUAUAAGUAUAUGAUAGUUAGGCCAUUCAAUAGUAUCAAUAUAUUUUGGAUGUAUUUUAUAAAACUAGUAACUAAAAGAGCAAAUUAGUUCAAUAUACUGAAAAAAGUGGGAUACCAUUGAAUUGGGGGAAAAUGGUAGUGAUGGGGGGAAAAAAAUUGAAGGGAAAUAGAGUAUAGAGUGCAAAUAUAAGGGAAGUUAUGUGUAGAGAGUACAAAUACUCUAACUAAAAUAACUAAUUAGCAGUUCAAUACUAUUAUAAAAUGAUUUUUCUAUUUAAUUUUUUUUUAACGAAACUUUCCUAUCUAACUUAAGUCACAAUAAAAUCAUUAAGAUUCUCUUCAGUCGCUUUCCAUACACAAGAUUUGACAUGUAUUCGUUGUUUAAGGUCCUAUAUCUAUGUGAAUUGUGAUUAAAAUCCUAGUAUGAAUUCAAGCGAAAAUAACAUCAUGCUAAACUUAUAUUACCAAUACCCUAAACAAAAACUUGGGGCCCCUAAAAUAUCUAUUUUUUGGUGAGGCAUGAAGCAAAUGCAUUUCUAGUAACACAUAAGGCACGGCUCUGUGUAAGUCACAGUUUUGAUUAAUUUUUCUGUUUUUUUUUCUUUAUAAUGUUGAGAAGUUUUGUAAUAUUGUAUUGUCAGUUUGUAAAACAGUUUUGGGAGAAAUAUUACAAAUGAGUAGCUAAUUAAUUAGUUUGAUUGUUUUUUUUGUUAGUAUAAUUUGAGCUGUCUGAAUUUUGUGAUUUGUUCAUUAACUAUAAAAUAAAAGCAAAAUUAAAAAUUUCUUUGGCGAUGUCUCCUCACAAAUCAUGGUCAUGACCCGUGAAGCAAUUGGCUUUUGGGUCAGUCUCAGUCGACAGUGUUGGCGUUUUUUUUCGUCCUUUUUCUACGUUAUAAAGUGUUUUUGUGUUCGCUCAGGCUGGUCAUAAUGGAAACAAAUCAAAUAUGUAUCAACUUAUUGGAAACCAUCCUUUUCAAAAUGAAUUUCGACUAAAAUAUUUGUUUACUAAAUAUAUUCUCAUCGUUGACUUGACUGAUUUAAUCAAUUAGAUUUUGAACAAUCCACCACUUUCUGGUUUCUUAUUUUAUUCUUUAUAAAUAUUCAUUAGUGGAAUGGGAAGAAUGGUUUCCAAUUGUAGAUAUUAAAUACCAAAUAUUUUCCCGGAUCUUACAAAUUUCGGUUUGUUUGAUGAUUAAAAUUUGUUUGAACAUUUAAAAGUGUAACUCAGAUCCUAUUUAUAUUUGCAAAUUUUGACUGCUAAAAAUAAUAAAUUGGAUACUUUCCAUGUUUACAAGACCACAUAAUACAAGGUAUAAUUUAAAAAAGAAAAUAUACUAGCCCGUUAAGAAAUUAAUUGCUAACUGAUAUACAUAUUUAUUAUUUUCUUUCUUCUUAAAAGCUACUUCAAUGAAUCUAUGAUUUAAACAUUUUCAGUUAUUUUCCUCAUAAUCAAAUAUUGGUGGCAGCUUAAUUUAAAAAGAUUUACAUUUACAUAUUUUUUACAAAUGAUUCAUUUCUUAUAAUAUUAAAUUAAAUUUCUUAUUUUUCACGUGCAUUUUUAACAACUAAAAUCAUAACAAAUGCCAAAGAAAAUAUGGGAAAAAGCAAAAGGGACAAAUAAUUAUGUCCGAACGAUACAAAAAUAAAAUAAUAUUUACAAGGUAAGGAUAUGAAUGAGUAUGAAACGUUGCACUAGUGUAAGAAAUAAUAAUAUCUCACAAGCGCCUAUCCACAUGUUAGUUUGCAGAUGUACAUAUCAUUAUCAUUAUUAUGUUUGAACUCAUGCAUGCUAUAUAGAUAUGCAAAUAUACGCACUUGUAUACAACAUAUGAGUCUAUGACAAUGUUACUAUUUUGAUUGAAAUCAUAUAAUACAAGUCUAACUCACUAAUUAAAAACACAACACCAAAUGCCUUUUUUUGUGGAGAAUAGGUGAUAAUUCCACGGACGCCAUGACAUAGCCACUUA